CAUCAGCGAUACCUUGAAGCCGCACGAUUCAACUGCUGUAUCCUUUACGAACUCCAACCUGAGCAAGCAUUAGAAAAUGGCUGGAAUCCUGCAGAAGGUGAAAAAGAGUCCUCAGACAAAGUCAAUUCUCAUUACCUUGAUUUUGAUGAGUGUGACCAAGGUUGUAGAUCUCAAGCAACCGGUUAUUUUGACAGUUCUGAGAAUUGCUUAUUUCUCUUGCCUUGCAACUCAAUUGGGUUUGUUCUGGUACACCAAGAAAUUAAUUGAAAAGGAGAAUGACCUUACAAUGAUGAAGUUCGUGGAACCUGCUUCUCCAAUGUCUGGCCGUGAAUAUGCUACCUUUGUCGCUACGACUGUUUGCGAAUACGACAGUCGUGAGUUGCUUAAAGGCUUUAAGCAGUACAUGAUUGGUGUCAGUACCACACUCUUCAUGCAUCUUUACAUGGGUUUUGCUCCUCCCCUGCUUUUCCAAACAGUUUCGGGUUUCCGUGGACUUUACGACAACAAGGAAGUCCAACUCUACGUUCAAAAGAAGCCUGCUCGUGACGACCUGAAGCGCCCCUUCAAGAGCACCAGUAUGUUCGGUUCCUUCGGCGGUAUGGGUCAAAUCCUCACGGACAAGAGAAGCAUCGAGGAAGCCGAAUUGACUAAGAUCAAGCCCUUGUAAAGAAGGCAAAUCUAUUUGUAGUUGCUUUUUCUUCCUGUGGUAACCUUCGUUCCUUUGUACCAGCAAAAAUUUAUACCUUCACGACCUUCCUGCCUGUCCAUACAAACUUCCGUAGUCCGUAGUGUCAUUGCUUGAGACCGUUUACUGACUCCUUUUGUCGGAAACAAGACGAUGCGCAAACCAAUGGGCAUCCUCUUUAUCGUUUUCAUUCGUUUCGCCAAGUCGGUCAUAACAAGAAUAACACGCAGGAAUAUUAUGAAGUGUACACGGCGUUUCGUCAAUUGAAUUUGUUUUUGUAGCUGCGGAAUCGUCAAUAUCGCUAGCAGAUCGGAUUUUUUGUUGGAAUUUUAGGAAGACAUCAAAUGUCGAGUCUUCUUGCUGCUGUCGCAGCUUCUUUUUUGCAGGUAGUACUCGUCGCGUAGCCUUAAAUUGCUCUAAUUCCUCUUGUAGUGCGUUGCGUUUUUUGGCCGAUUGCUUCCUCUUGGAGGCCGAAGAGUCAACGUCUAGUGGUCGUUUAUCUAAUUGCCGAAGUUCAGCUUUAAGUCGCGCAAUCUCUUGCUUAACGGAUUUCGUUUCUGUGGACACGGGCGUUUGAAGAGAGGAAAGAGAUGCGGAAGAGACUGUCGAGGAGGUGAUAGGCACCUUUUUUGCAACAGGAGUUUCCUUGGUAGCCACCGACGGCUGUUGUAUCCGUUCAUCCUUUCCCUCAUCCUUUUCCUCCUUCUUCGUCCGUUCAUUUUGGGGAGGACGAAUCUUCUUUUUUGGCAGUGGAAUUUCAACUUCAUCACCAAAACUGAGAAAAGUUUUAUUUCUUGUUCCUUUUUUGAGUAAAGCUGCUCUUUCCUGUUUUUUUUGACGUUCUCUUUGUUCCUGUAAAACGCGUUGACGUUCGUCACGAUUUGUUCUUGGCUGAAUAUCUGUGAAUGGGUUUUCGAUGACUUGUGUUUCAACAAUUUUUGGAGGAUAAACGGGUCGUUCAGUAGCGUCUAAUUCCAGUUCUGAAAUACGAACAACGUUGUAAAUAGUGUCACCAACGACUCGAGCAAACAAUGUAUGCUUUCCCGCGAGCUCUGGAGUUGCAUUAAGGGUAAUAAAGAACUGUGAACCGUUCCCCUCACCAUCAGCAUUUGCCAUUGCAACAAGUCCACGUCUGGUGAAACGAAGACGAGGAUGUGUUUCUACAGGAAAUGGCUUGUCAUAAAUAGACUCACCACCUUGACCAGUUCCGGUGGGAUCGCCUCCCUGAAUGAUAUAAUUCGGAACGAUUCGAUGAAUUAUUGUUCCAUCAUAAUAACUGAGUUUGUUAAUAAGAAAAUGCAUAUGAAUAAGUGUACCGCGACAUGAUUGAGACUGACGUACACCUGCAUACGUACCCUUCCAUACACAAUUGAAUAAAGUUUCGACAGGCUUUUGGAGUUUCUGUACACCAGAGCUCCAGCUGGAUGUCACCUCGUGUCGUUUUGAGAACAACACGACCGCUAUUUUGUUAGCGAAAAAUGAGAGUAAAAUAAUUGAUACUUACGUAGCAAAUGGUUCAAUAUUCGUCACGG